UGUGUCAACGUAAACUGUAAAAACCCCCCCUUCGCAAAAAAAAGGGACAGCUGGCCCUUUAAGGGUUAUGUAGCAGGGUUAGCCGAUGUAGGACGAGCCGACGGUGCGUCUGCCUGCCUGCACUCCCGCUGCUAUCCCCAUCAUGGCCUCCACGCAGCCGCCACCGACACCACCGAGGAUGAACCGACCAGCUAGCGGCCCUUCCCUUCCCGGUGCGGAGACGGACGUCAAGCCGAAGCAGAGGCACCGGUAGAGGCGAGCCGCGCCGGGGAGAGCCGCCUCACAUCCCAUGCCACCCCGGUCUCCUCCAUGCCUUCGUCUAAAGCCAAGUACAGCUAUUCGAUAAAGAGGGGUGCGAGCCCGGGCGGCGGCGGCGGCGGCAGCGGCGGCGGCAGAAACAUGACAACGAACAGGGAUUAUUCUGUUAAUCUGUCGGUGCAGCAAGUGCUGAGCCUUUGGGUGCAAGGCACGACGCUGCAGCACUUCACAGAGAUGUGGUACUGGGUGUUCCUGUGGUGUCUCUUCUCCUCGCUCUUUGUCCACGGGGCCGUGGGGCUGCUCAUGUUAGUCAUGCUGCAGCGCCACAAGAGGGGCCGCCUCAUCACCCUGGUGCUGGUCAGCGUGGGUUUCCUGGCCUCCCUCUCCGGAGGCGUCAUCACCAGCGCAGCGGUGGCGGGGGUUUACCGCGUGGCAGGGAAGGACAUGGCACCGCUGGAGGCUCUGGUGCUCGGUGUGGGCCAGACCACCCUCUCUGUCAUCAUCUCCUUCUCACGCGUCCUGGCCACUCUGUGAAGAAAACCCUCAGCACGCUGAAGGACAAACGCUGACACGAGAGGAGAGUCAAUGAAUCGAGCCAGUCAGACACUUAAAAGGCGCCCAUCGUGGCCGGUUUGUAGAGGGAGAGGAGGCAGAAAUGCUCUGGACCUUUAGGGCUGGACGCAGGACAGAGCGCCCCCCGGUGUCUCUGUGCUGUUACUGCCACAAUCACACUGCAAUUCAGAGGGAACUCAAUGCAGGCCGGUUGUCUUCAUGUUGAAGAGAUGGCGCCAUCCUCAGCUUCUGGACUUGAAAGCCAUGUUUCGGGUGUUACAUCAGUUCUUUGUGCCAACGGCCUUCUCUGGGACAUCCCGAUGCCUUUGUGGCCACUGACUCUUGAAGGCUUUCUGUUGCACUUGUGGGGGGAAAAAAAAAAUCUAUUUUUUAAAAAGUGAAGCAACACUGACGACCUGUAAUAACGAUCUAAUGAUCAGCGUGAGAACAAAAGUUGAGUGACGAGGAGAGUUUAGGGAGCGACAACCCAACAGUGUUCAUCAGCAAAAACACCUUCUUCAUCAGUACGAAGUGUCACCUCCAGGUCUUCACAAAGCUCAAGUACAGAUUAUCAUGACCAUUCCUUUUCCUUGAACGGCUUAAAAGCUGCACCAUCCAGCUCACGAGCAAGAUGCAGCUUUGAAUUUUGCACUUUGUAAAUGUUGGAGACGCUCUUUGCCUGAGAGGUCUGAAAUCAGUAGACGUGGAGGAGAAAACCAGCAUCAGUGCAACGUUGGGUUUGUCGUGUUGAAAUAUUGACUCGUUGUGUGCCAACCAGAGAUCUGAGUGGAGAUGUUUUAGGAAAUACAAUUAUUCACUUUCUUGCCCAAAUGUUAGAUGAGAAGAUUGAUAGUGCUUUUAUGUUUGUACAGUAAAUACAAAGCGGGAACAAGGAGACGGUUGGUGCAUGCUGACCCCACACUAAAAGAUAAUUGGGCAGUUUUUUGGUCUGAUUCGCUCCUCGCAACAAUCACAGGGGUGCUCCUGAUUCAAGCCUGGUCUGAACCAAUUAUCUGUCCAUGUGAUCCUGUAGUGUGCGGAGUCUGCAGACAUAAUCUGGUUGGUGUAUUUUGUUUCAGACAAAGCCAGGCCAGCUGUUUCCGGUCUUUAUGCUAAGAUAAACUUAACAGCCUCCCAGUUCCAGCUUCAUUUCUACUGGACACACAUGAGAGUGGCAUCAAUCUUCCCUAACCCUCAUCAAGAAGGCGAAUAAGCGUGUUUCCCAGCAUGUUGAAAUAUUCCUUUAAAGUAGACAGAGAAAGGCCUGGAUGAGCCCUCAUUAGUGCAAAGCUGUUCGCUUUGCCUUGAGCAGGUUUAAUUCAGGUCUGGUUUGAGUUAGACCAGGAUUCUCUUAAUCAGGUUUAAAGAAAGGUGCAUUGAUAUUAAAAAGGGUUGUUUUGCUGCUUGAGAGUCAGCUCUGGUAUAUUUUCAGAGGAACUGUUCUGCGUCUGCGAGUCCGGGUGCAGAUUUUCUGUGAUAACGUUGGAAUGCAGCCCUCCUUGGCCCCGAUGUAGUCUUACAAACACUGUCUGCACCGCUACAGAAUAAACCCCCCACCCACCCGUGAGGAAAGCCAUCCUCCCUGGAGAAGGUCAGACAGAUUGUGCUGCUCAGAUGGCCAUUUUUCUAUGGCUCCCUCUUUUCUUUGCGUUGUUUAUUAACCCAUGUUCCUUAAGUUUAACUUUGCAUAUUGCACUGAAUUUAAUCUGCCUUGUUUUAGCACAGUGUGCGAUGAUGCGACUCUGGUGUGACCCAAUCCAGUAUUCACAGUUAUUACACACAGGAAAGACACCAAUAAUUUUGUUUCACAUAUGAAGAAUGUGCUUGAAGCUACUGUACUUAGUUCUUCACUGAUAGAGCUGAAGAAUAGAAAGAUACACUGGUUUAACUUUAUUGCUCAUUACUUGGCCCAUGAGUCCUGUGUACACAGCACCAAACCCAGGGUGAGAGGAGUUAGGUUGUAAUGCCAAAGUAUCACACACAUUUUUAGCUUUAUUUCUCAGAUUUUUUUUUGCUCAUUGAAUUGAUAUCACAGCCUAGAAUUAUUUGUUUUAUUCCGUUUUAGAAACAUUUGCACAUUGGCUCGGGUAUCAAACGGACCCCAAGACCUGUGGUAAAAGUUCAUAAAACCACAGUUGAUGUGAAUUUGACAUUUAAAAAAAAUGGAUGUUAGUGUUGUUAAGUGUGUGUACUGUGAGGCUGUGAAGGUAAACGGCAUGUAUUUAUGUGAGUUAUGUAACUGACAUGGCUCACCUUCAGUACCAGCGUAGCACACAAGAGGGCGAUAUUGCACAGAAAUGAAGCGGCAGCAGGAGCCUGGAUGCCUGAGAGAUGAUUGUGGAUGUUGCUACAGAGUGUUUUUAUACAGACAAAGUGCUUCUGUCCUCAUUUCCCCCCAAAAUUAAAGAGUGAAAUCAACAUUUGGAAAAUGUAGAGUCACCUGAAGCCCCCUCACUAUCCACUGAACGCUCUGCACAUUGUCCACACCACCUGUUUUGAAUGUUUUAGCUCAAUUUUCAGGGACCAAAUGUGAGUUGCUGCUGAUGACUCACCUGCUGUCAUAGCAAUGAUAUCUCUGUGAAUCUGUUUGUGGGGCAGUUUCUGCAUGUGUUGUACGUGUGUGUGGUUCAUAGGAGACGUGACACGUGAGUGUUGUUGUUGCUGUAUUUGGUGUCGGUCCGUGUGGUUGUGCAUGUGAGUAGUAAAAGGGGAUGUUCAUUUAUUUUCUUUCAUUAGCGGGGUUGUUCACAUUCUUUAGCGGACCCCCCCAAAGCGUCAAAAAGGGUGAGGACGUAAUUGCAGGUGACACUGUGUUCAGAGGAGGCGUCACAGCAGUUCACUGAGCAAUGUCUUACAUAAUGUGUUGGAAAUCUUUUUGUCUGCUGUGUUAGAAAAUGACUUUUCUGCAGGACGAAACUGCAAGAACUGGACUGAGAUUGUUAGGUCAGUGCACUUACUGUACAUCCUGAGCUGUAUAUAGCCACAGUGUACAAAGUCUUCACCAGAAGAGUGCGUAUCACAAAAAAAAAAAAAGUGUAACCAACAGCUGAAAUGAACAAGCUUACCACUGGAUAGUAUUUUGAUAUUCACACAGUCGGCGUAUUCACACCCAGUGCCAUGGCCGGUCAUGAAGACUAUUGUUUUUGGGUUUUGUUUUUCCCGCUCCAGGUUUCUGUGAUUCAGCCGCCCGUGUGUGUACUGCAAUAUCUAAGGAGACACCCAGCGACUAAUAAUACCCUCUAGACUUUUAAAAAUGCCAUCGCACUGCAGCGAGACGCCCAGCUCAAUAAUCCUGUCUCCGUCAUAGGCUUAUAACUAAAGCUGCCCCCUCAGUCCACUGUCGUCCAAAUGCCACAUAUUCCCCUCGGACACAUACUGUGUACCCGCUGUGAUUGCAUGUGCAGUGCAGCUCAGAUAAUGUGUGAAUGGACUAAACGGACAAUCCAACAAGAGACAAUGUUGUACAAAAACCCAAAGUGGCACUUGUAGAUAAUGUACAAUAUGUUCUUUUUUAAUUUUGUACCAGCCAAACCGCUGAUAUUUAUAACUAUUGCCUAUUUAUGUACAAAUUGUUCUCCUGUACAUACUCAACAGUAAGUUGAAAUAAAAAUCUUUUGCAGUAUAAA